CUCCACCUUUUGUUUAGUAUAGAUAAUUAAGGUCAUCUUCACAAUACAAACAAUCCGGCGGCCACCCGUUUUCUGCCCCAAAAGAUUUUCAGAAUCCUCCUAACUUGUCUUUUCACCUUUUUUUUCUUCUUUUUUUUUUAAUCUUUCCUAUGAGUUCUAACCAAACAAUGGGGACUGUGUCAGAACCCUUUCAUCUUCCUUUCUCUCAUUGCUUCCCAUUAUAUUCUUGCAAUUCACCCAUUAUCCUUAGCCGUAAAUCUUUUUCUCCUCUAUUCUCCUUGCGGCCGAUCAAAAAAUUUUGGAGAUUCAUGGUGGAUUUUUGCAUCUCCGCUUCGAUUUUCGUCAGAUCAUUUGAAAAACUCUAGGAAGUAAUUGUUUUUUGGAGAGAUAUGGAGGAUCAGAAGCAGACGAGUUUCACGUUUGAGAUAGAUAACUUCUCUGAGAAGGAAGGUUGGAUACGAUCUCCAACAUUCUUAAGCGGUAGCUGCGAAUGGUAUGUUUACGUUUAUCCCAAAGGAGAUCUUGUUGAUGAUCACUUGUCUCUGUACCUCUACGUUGCGAAUCCUGAAUCAUUGCGACUUGGAUGGAAAAGAAGAGCUACUUUUUCCUUCCUUCUGUUGGAUCAAUCCGGCAAAGAGCCAUACAAAUUAACCGAAUUAUGGUGCAAGUUGUUCUGCGCUCAGGUCUCAGGAUGGGGUAGCGCAAAGGCCGUGCCUCUUAGAAAGCUUCAAGAAAAAGGGUUUAUGGAGAAUAACAAACUGAUAGUUAAAGUGGAAGUAAAAGUAGUUGAAGUUGUUGAUGAAUCAGAAGUAACUGGGAAUGAGACCUUAGAUGUCCAAGGGUUCCAAGUACUUUAUUCUCAGGUAACUUCAGUGACUAGGCUUUUCGCGAAGCAUCCGGGCUUUGCCGCAAACUUCAAACCAAAGAGCCAAUUGGUGAAGACAACAUACAUGAAUAUCUUACUCGGUCUCAUAGAGGCAUUGAACAAACCUCCACAUAGUUUAUCCGAGACUGAGCUAACCAACGCUCACAGCGAGCUGAUCGAUCUAACAGAAGCAGGCUUCAAGCUAGACUGGUUGAGGACAAAGCUUGAUGAGGUUUCCUUGGAGAGGAAGAAAGCAAGUGCUGAUGGUAUUAGAGUCCAAGAACUCGAGGAAGAAGUCAAGAAUCUCAAAGCUGAACUGAACAAGGAGAAAGUAAAAUCUGCUACCUCUGCAGCUAAGAUUCGAUCGAAUUCUGAUGACAUUCAUUCUCAUUUUACAUACUAA